UUGAAGGAUUUAAGGUUCUCCAGACAAAAAUCUCUCCAUCUUUGAUCGAUUAAAGGGUGUGAAGAUGAGGAAAGAACCUCCACGAGGAGAAGAGGUGGCCCUUGCUGCACCUGAUAGCUAUUGUGGGAGGCUUGCUCGGCUGCAGACUUCUUGGACAGAGUCCAACCCACUUUGGAAGUUCUUUGCGUGUCCAAAGUCAGAGAGGGGGAAAAAAGGUUGUGGGUUUUUUGUAUGGGUUGAUAUUGAAAUGCCUCCCAGUGAGAGAGCUCUGAUGGCUUGGUUGCUGAGGACAAAGAGAGAAUUUGAAGAUCAGAUUGAGCGUGCGAGAGCAAGAGAGAAGAAGUUGUGGAUUGCUGUGUUUAUUUCUUAGGCCUUUGUAUUUAUGAUUUGGUAUGGCAGUGUUGUGUAAUGUAACUUAGGCAAUGUGGUAUGUUUGAAAGUUAGGUAAUGUUAUGUAAUGUACCUAGUUGAAUGGCAAUUUAGAUGAGAGUCUUUAUGCAAUGCAAUGGCUCUAGCAUUUUGCAAAUGUAAUGAUUUGAAAGCCCUUUUGUAAUGGUUUCAAAGCUUCUUUUGUAAUGGUUAAGACUAAAGACUUAUGUAAGCAACAGUAAUUGUUGAAACCUUUAAGAGCUUUACAACUGCCAUUAAUUCAUAA